CCAGCUCUUUCAUGAUCCGGUGCCGAACUGACUCUGCCAAAUCGCUGUUGGUCCGAAGAAGUCCCUACAUUCCUCAAGCAGUCGUUGAUUUGGUUCCGAUCUCGAUCUACGUGCUGCUUGCUGGGCUACUACCGUCGAUCUCUGUUUCUGGAGGCUCGAAGGCCUCGAAUUGUGCUCUACUGCGGCAGCACUCCGAAUCUUGAGGUUGUGUCGAUGUGCCCUAAGUCCACUCUCGACUACUCUGUCGGUCGAGGCGAUGGAACUUACUAAGCAACAAGCUUGCCAUGCGUUGACAGUGAGCCACCGGUGUAGAGAUAGGUCAUGAUUGGGAUUGUUGAUGACCAGAGAGGUACCUGAUCUCCGUUGCUGAUGCGUUCGAGCAGUUCGUCUAUGCAAACAGCUUCAAAUCACCUGCUUCUCUCCAGAUUUCAGUCCAGUCGAGUCGAGGUUCAAAUUCUGUCCUUAGACCGAUGGUGGAAUUACGAUUGGUGUCAGCUUCGACGAAGAGAAAUUCGCGAAAUGUAGAGAAUCGAGAUCGACAGGGUGCUUGGCAAGAUCGAGGCCGGCAUCACCUGCCUGGCAAGAUCGAGAUGAACUUGAAGCACUUCAAGAUGAGCGACCUGGAAGACAUAGCUUUCGAGCUCAAAGAUUCCAAAAUCACAACGCUGCGGCUAUUCUGCUCAAGCCGAGACUCCGAGAUCCUUCGUUUCAAUCUCACAGAUCCAACCACUUCUCAAAUCCUCAUGAGGUUUACCAGAGAACUGGCACAUGCGGUGGGCAUAGGAGGAUCGCUCAAAUUUCUCGAGCUCGGAUUCAAACCUUGGAAGCGUGACCUGCGAGUCUUGUCUCAAGCCUUGGGCAUUUCGACCACGCUGCGAAGACUUUCACUUGCAAACAGUGCGCUGGGAGAUGAUGGACUCCGUCUGUUGGACCAGGGACUCUCAACCUGUCUCACGCUGCAGAUCCUGAAUCUGUCAGGAUGUGAGCUGACAGCUUCAAGCCAUACUUCAAUUGCAUCAAUUCUGAAGGCAUCGGUCGCUUUGAAAGCAGAAGCCGAAUGGCAAUCAAGCUUAAGAGGACGUGAAUCUGGCAAAGCCAGGAGGAAGAUCCCAGGCCUACCUUUAAAUCGAGGACUCACAGCUCUGGAUCUGUCUUUCAACUCUCUGUCGGAUGCCACUGCAAAGCACAUCUCCAGCGUUCUGAGUCUGGGGGCUCCUCUGGAAGCCUUGAAUCUGCAGGGAAACCAGAUGCAUGGUAAGAGUAUGAAGCUGUUCCUGUCGGUGUUCGCCACGUGGGGCACCCUCCAGUUUGUCGAUCUCCGAGACAAUCUAGACGGGGCCGAGGUUGGAGUGUUGGAAAACGGUGAGCACCUGUCGUCCUUCUCAGCUGCACACGAACCGUUCUGGAGGUCCCAGUCCCAAGUCGCUGCUGCUGUCCAUGUAAGUAGCUCUCCCACCUCUCGAAUGAAACGCAAACCGAAGAAGAGUCGAAGGACGAGAAACAGAGCUUCAUGGGACCUCCGAGCAAUCGGAGACCCGCAGGUGGACGAGGCCCAGAUGGUCAAGACCGAGCCAUCUGAGCCGGAGGUGAAAGACGACCCGCGGCCGAGUAGACAGAGGUCCCUCUUAUUGAGUCCCCUCCUCGAUAAUGACACGGAGAGCGCUGAUCUCAUCCCCAUGGACACUCUCCCAACGAGCUGGACCGAGGAGUCUCAGAUACCUCGUGUUUGUGACUCCAGGGCGAGUCCGUGUCUGUCUCCUCUGGAUAACCUGUCUACUCCUUUCAGUUACUCUGAGUACCUGUAUUUGUGCGAAGCUCCGGAUAUCGAGCCAUUCCCGGUGAGUUCAGUUUCGAGAGAUGAUACGCAGAUGACUGAGUCGAGCUUCUCUGAAAACAUUCCAUCCUCCAUCGGGUACGACCAGCGAGCUGAUCGUGAUCCACAGCUUCCACGGCCAUACACUCCAAUACGCUCGUUAAAUCUAUCAUACAUCUCCAGGAACUCGUCUCGGACUUACGAGCAGAGCAAUACGGAAAAUCGGACUUCGUUGUCCUCGCAACCGCUUCGAGCACCGAGUCCGGAAUCACCCAUCGACGAUUCAGAAUGGGAAGCUUUCACGAGGGACAUGGCCCAAAAGCUUCUCCACGUGCAGGAUGGACUUGAUGCCGUGAUCAGUUCUGCAAAGCCUGAUUUCUUACUUGCAGCUCAAACUGCCAUGACCUCACUUCAAGAUGGACUCCGGCAGCUACUGCCGUCAUGAACUACGAGCUUCAUACCACUGGCAUGAUGUGGUAUGAAGCGGUGUACCAAAACCCGAGAACAACAUUUAAGGUCGCAGAGUUCGUCGAGUCCGACACGACUGAAAUUGCGUCCAGUUGUGUUUACUCGAUUUAUGCAUGAACGAGCUCCGACCUGACUUCCCGUCGAAGACACGACACACCUUUUGACAGUGCCUUCCGAUGCUCGAGAUGUCACAAAAGGAUGACAGAGUGAUUCAAAUCGACGACCAAAACUCCACAUGAACAACUGCCGACAACACUUUGGGAUUAAAACACUGAAUUCGAGUGUGUCAGAGAGCAUUUACUCAUCGAUGAUACAUGCUUCUGCUAAAGGGCGGAAAAGUAUCGAGGAAUGCGGAAGCAUGUGAUUGAUAUUAGUAACCGAGUCAUGAUGUGAGUAAGAGCUUUGAGAGACUCUCAAGAAAAGAGAAAUUUCAGAUGUUAAGAGUGUGACCAUCAACUACGAUAUUUUAUAUUACAGUAACAGGUAACAUACGGGAUCUAGAAUUUGAGUUAUGGUAUAUAGCUUCGGUUGCUUAGGAUAGUUGUCUUCUUCUUUAUCUCGUUAUAGUUGGAUUGUUAAAAGAGUAGUGGAACACUAUCCAUGAUGCAACUUGAUACCACGAAGAGGCCACUCAAGUAUCUCCCGCAAAUCUAUCUCGUGCUCAC